AUGGAGCGUGCAAGGAGACUCGCCCACAAAGGGAUCGUCAGACGCCUCGUGAACGAGGCAAAACGACACCGUAACGGCGAACCUGCCCUGACACCGGCUCCGGCGAUUGCCCCUUACGCUCCGGUGAGGUAUGUCUCUUCCAUAUCUCCGUCUGUUCCGCGACGUUGCACCACCGGAUCCAUUAACCCUGCAGCGGCGGCGGCGUGCGGCGGUUUUGGCUCACAGCAGAGGCGAUGGAUCUCCGUCGAGGCUCUGAAGCCCAGCGAUACUUUCCCACGCCGCCACAACUCCGCCACGCCGGAGGAGCAAACCCAGAUGGCGACAUCAUGCGGGUUUGAUAAUCUCGAUGCUCUCAUAGAUGCUACGGUGCCGAAAUCGAUACGUUUAGAUUCGAUGAGUUUCUCGAAGUUUGAUGGGGGUUUGACGGAGAGCCAAAUGAUCGAGCAUAUGAAUGAUUUAGCUUCUAAGAACAAGGUUUUCAAAUCGUAUAUCGGUAUGGGAUACUACAACACUCAUGUUCCUCCUGUGAUUUUGCGUAAUAUAAUGGAGAAUCCUGCUUGGUACACUCAAUACACACCGUAUCAGGCUGAGAUAUCGCAGGGCAGGCUUGAAUCUCUGCUCAAUUUUCAGACGAUGAUCACAGAUCUCACUGGUCUCCCCAUGUCGAAUGCCUCUUUACUCGACGAAGGAACCGCUGCUGCGGAGGCAAUGGCGAUGUGUAACAACAUUCAAAAGGGUAAAAAGAAGACAUUUGUGAUUGCUAGUAACUGUCAUCCUCAGACAAUCGAUGUGUGCAAGACAAGAGCUGAUGGGUUUGAUCUGAAAGUAGUCACAGCUGAUCUUAAGGACAUCGAUUACAGUUCUGGGGAUGUCUGUGGGGUUUUGGUUCAGUACCCAGGAACAGAGGGAGAAGUCCUGGACUACGCUGAGUUUGUGAAGAAUGCUCAUGCCAAUGGUGUUAAGGUUGUUAUGGCAUCGGAUUUAUUGGCCUUGACGACGCUGAAGCCACCGGGUGAAUUCGGGGCUGAUAUUGUUGUCGGCUCGGCUCAGAGAUUCGGUGUCCCAAUGGGUUAUGGUGGUCCACAUGCUGCUUUCUUGGCCACUUCACAAGAGUAUAAGAGGAUGAUGCCUGGGAGAAUUAUCGGUGUGAGUGUUGAUUCUUCGGGAAAACCAGCUCUGCGUAUGGCUAUGCAGACUAGGGAACAGCAUAUCCGGAGGGACAAAGCCACCAGCAACAUCUGUACUGCUCAGGCGUUGCUCGCCAACAUGGCUGCCAUGUAUGCUGUUUACCAUGGACCCGGAGGCUUAAAAUCCAUUGCUCAACGUGUUCACGGAUUGGCUGGAGUAUUCGCCCUAGGGUUAAAGAAACUUGGAACCGUGAAUGUCCAAGAUCUUCCCUUUUUUGACACCGUAAAGGUUAACUGUUCGGAUGCACACGCAAUAGCCGAGGCAGCCUACAAGAAGGAGAUUAAUCUGCGUGUUGUGGACUCCAACACCAUAACUGUUUCUUUCGAUGAAACAACCACCUUGGAUGAUGUCGAUAAGCUUUUUGAAGUUUUUGCUUCUGGCAAACCUGUUCAGUUCACAGCCGAAUCUCUUGCUCCUGAGUUUCAGAAUGCUAUUCCUUCUAGCGUAAAGAGAGAAAGCCCUUUUCUCACCCACCCAAUCUUCAACACGUACCAUACUGAGCAUGAGUUGCUCAGGUACAUCCACAGGUUACAGUCUAAGGAUCUAUCGUUGUGCCACAGUAUGAUUCCAUUGGGAUCUUGUACGAUGAAAUUGAAUGCAACAACUGAAAUGAUGCCCGUCACAUGGCCAAAUUUCACCAACAUUCACCCUUUUGCUCCUGUUGAACAGGCCCAGGGUUAUCAGGAAAUGUUCAACAAUUUGGGUGAGCUGUUGUGUACCAUCACUGGGUUUGAUUCUUUCUCACUGCAACCCAAUGCUGGUGCUGCUGGGGAGUAUGCUGGCCUUAUGGUCAUCCGUGCAUAUCACUUGUCAAGAGGGGAUCAUCACCGAAAUGUGUGUAUAAUACCCGUCUCUGCACAUGGGACAAACCCUGCAAGUGCUGCAAUGUGUGGUAUGAAAAUCGUUGCUGUUGGAACUGAUGCCAAGGGAAACAUCAACAUUGAAGAGCUGAGGAAAGCUGCUGAAGCCAACAAGGACAACCUAGCUGCCCUUAUGGUUACUUACCCUUCGACUCAUGGAGUCUAUGAAGAGGGUGUUGAUGUGAUCUGCAAGAUAAUUCAUGACAAUGGAGGUCAAGUGUAUAUGGAUGGUGCUAACAUGAAUGCUCAGGUGGGUCUAACGAGCCCCGGAUUUAUUGGAGCUGAUGUUUGCCAUCUCAAUCUUCACAAGACCUUCUGUAUUCCUCAUGGAGGUGGCGGUCCGGGUAUGGGUCCUAUUGGUGUUAAGAAGCAUUUGGCACCAUUCUUGCCUUCACACCCUGUGAUUCCUACUGGCGGUAUCCCUAAACCCGAAAAGUCUGCACCUUUGGGUACCAUCUCUGCAGCACCAUGGGGCUCUGCACUUAUCUUGCCAAUCUCUUACACUUACAUUGCCAUGAUGGGAUCCGAAGGACUCACCAAUGCUUCGAAGAUAGCAAUCUUGAACGCUAACUACAUGGCCAAGCGUCUCGAGAACCACUACCCGGUUCUCUUCCGCGGUGUGAAUGGAACAGUUGCCCACGAAUUCAUCAUAGACUUGAGAGGCUUCAAGAACACUGCAGGUAUAGAACCAGAGGAUGUGGCGAAACGUCUGAUGGAUUACGGUUUCCAUGCUCCCACAAUGUCUUGGCCUGUCCCCGGAACUCUCAUGAUUGAGCCCACCGAAAGCGAAAGCAAGGCCGAGUUAGACAGGUUCUGUGAUGCCCUCAUCUCGAUCAGGGAAGAAAUCUCACUGAUCGAAAAGGGUAACGCCGAUAUCCACAACAACGUCCUCAAGGGAGCUCCACAUCCUCCGUCGUUGCUAAUGGCAGACGCGUGGAAAAAGCCUUAUUCCCGGGAAUGCGCCGCAUUCCCCGCCCCUUGGCUCCGCUCCUCCAAGUUCUGGCCUUCCACAGGGCGUGUGGAUAACGUGUAUGGAGACAGGAACCUCGUCUGCACUCUCCUCUCGGUGUCGCAGGUUGCGGAAGAACAGGCCGCCGCAUCUGCUUGAGGGUCCAGACACAAUCUUUCAGUCAAAGUAAACUUUUAUAAAAUACAAUCUUUUAGAACCUUUUGUCUGCACUCUCUCUCCUUUUGUUGUCCAUCUUCCAAUUCUACAAUUGUGAUGUGAUGACCCUCUAUUUUUAUUCAUAAUUUUAUUUUAUUUUUUAAUA